AUGUCAAGUUUAGAAAUUAAAUCUGUUGAUAAAGUUUGGUAUAUCACUGGUGCUUCGAGUGGAAUCGGUUUGAUACUGGUAAAGCAAUUGUUGACCUAUGGAUUCAAGGUCGUUGGUACGACAAGAGAUAAACAGAGGUUGGUCGAUGCUGUCGGUCACGUUGGCAACACCGAUCAUUUCUUGGCGGUACAGGUUGACUUGCUCAAUGAAGACAGUAUAAAGCAAUCGCUGAACGAUUCACUAAAUAAAUUCGGUAGAAUCGAUGUUGUCGUUAACAAUGCUGGAUUCUCGAUUUCCGGUGCAUUGGAGGAGAAUUCCGACAAAGAAGUCCGUGCUAAUUUCGACACCAAUGUGUUUGGCGUUUUCAAUGUACUCCGUAAUAUAACACCAAUCCUUAGAAGCCAACAAUUCGGAUAUGUAUUCAGUAUGUCGACGAUCUGUGCACUCCAAGGUCUUACUGGCCACAGCACCUAUUGCGCCACCAAGUUUGCACUCGAUGGAUUGAUGGAAUCCUAUGCUCAAGAAGUUAAACCAUUCGGUAUUAAAGUGACUAUUAUCAAUUUAGGUGCUACCAGAACCCCUAUUUUAGAUGCCGAUGUCUAUAAACCAAAUAAACAAAUCGAAGACUAUAAACAUGUUCAUGGUGUUUUAGAUUUCAUUAUCAAUCAGUAUAGUGGAACUCAACCAUGUGAUCCAUCGAAAAUAUUGGAUAUCUUAAUUAGAGUUUAUCAAUCAGAGGGUGAUACUGCACAUCUCUUUAUUUCUCCAGAGUCACACUCAAUGCUUAAAAUUAGAACAGAUCUGUUGUUCAAUGACCAAAAGAGAUGGGAAGAAUUUACCAAUCAAACUGACUUUGAAACAAACGGAUCAAAUUCAGAUAUGACACCUUAA